GCAGCAGACCCGGCCGCAGACACGGAGCCAUGGCAGAUGACGACGCCCCAACCACGGCCUGCACCGGCUCCAGCCUGCUGCAGCCGGUCAGCGAGAUCACCAACCUGCCGCUGGACCAGGUGAACUUUGUGGUGUGUCAGCUCUGUGCUCUGAUCUCAGCCUUCUGGUUUCGUCUCUUCCUCCACCCCAGUAAAACCAGUCCGUUCAUCAGACAUGUGGUGGCGACUCUACUGGGACUCUACUUCGCUAUGUUCUGCUUCGGAUGGUACGCUCUUCACUUCCUGGUUCAGAGUGGACUCACCUACGGCAUCAUGAUCCUGACCGGAGUCGAACACAUGCACAAAUACUGCCUCCUGGUGGCCCUGAGCUAUCUGAGUCUGUGUCAGAUCACUCGAGUCUACGUCUUCGAUUACGCCAUGUACACUGCUGACUUCACAGGCCCCAUGAUGGUGAUAACACAAAAGAUCACCAGCCUGGCGUUUGAAAUCCAUGACGGAAUGGCUCGAAAAGAGGAACAUCUGACAGCAGGGCAGAAGAUUCUGGCGAUAAGGAGGAUGCCCAGUCUGCUGGAGUACUUCAGCUACAACUGUAACUUCAUGGGGAUCCUGGCCGGACCCACCUGCUCCUACAACGACUACAUCGCUUUCAUAGAGGGGGACCCACGUCGCCAUAGAGACCAGGAGGCCGACAGGAAGUCCACCUGCAAGCUGAGGCAGAACGAGCCCUCGCCAAAUAUGGAGGUCGUCCGUAAAGUGGCCACGUCCUUCUUCUGCCUCCUGGUCUUUCUGUCGGUGUGUAAGGUUUUCCCCGUAGAGCGAAACAUCGAUGACAAUUUCAUCGCCAACACGCCGUUUUAUGCUCAGGUGGUCUAUCUGUAUCUGUCCAUGGUGACCACCAGACCCAAGUACUACUUCGUGUGGACGCUCGCUGAUGCCAUCAAUAACGCUGCUGGCUUUGGCUUCAAUGGCUACGACAGUGACGGCUCUCCUCGCUGGGACCUCAUCUCUAACCUGAGGAUCCUCAACAUUGAGUUUGCCACCAGCUUCAAAGUUUUCCUCGACAACUGGAACAUUCAGACGGCGCACUGGCUCAAAAGAGUGUGUUACGAGCGAUGUCCCUACCACCCAACAGCAGCCACCUUCAUCCUGUCAGCCAUGUGGCAUGGAGCCUAUCCAGGAUACUACCUCACCUUCCUCACCGGCAUCGUCGUCACGCUGGCCGCCAGAGCGGUCAGACACAACGUUCGGCCAUACUUCCUGCAAUCACCCACCCACAAAGUGGUCUAUGAUGUCAUCACAUGGGCGGCAACUCAGAUCGCCAUCUGCUACACAGUGGUGCCUUUUGUGCUGUUGUCUGUGGGUCCGUCGCUAAAGUUUUACAGGUCCUGGUACUUCAGCCUCCACAUUGGUUGCGUUCUGUUGGCUGUGGCAUUGCCUGUCAAACCGAGACAUCUCCGCCUCAAAGAGCAGCAGAAAAGCUCCCUCCAAGAGUCGUCUCAGCACCAUCUGGAGGGUCCAGACAGCAACUGCAGCCAGAAGGAAAAAACCACAUGAGGACAUAGAAUAUUCAUGGGCAACAUCAUAUUUCCAUGACAAGGUGUGAACCAUCACAGGGAGCUGCCUGCAAGCCUCGGUACAGAAACUCGAUGGACAGUACUGUAAUAUUUGGGACAUUGGGAUGGAUGAAAAUAGACCCUGUGUUGUACCAUGUCUUUUAAAAGGAAGUACGACUGCCAGGAUAGUGUCUGGACUCAAGUGGUUUGUCUGUUAGUCUGUUGGCAGGUUCAGACAAAUCAGCAACGUCAGAGGAUAUAUAUAUAUAUAUAUAUAUACAUAUAUAUAAAUACAUACUGUGUGUGAAUAAAUACAAACAGCCCUGAACUGUCAUGGCCACUUUCGCUGAAGUGACCCCAUUUUCUUCCUGGCCGGACUCCUGCAGGCUUUUGAUCUGCAAGUUUGACUGAAUCAAGGAAGGCAAAACGAAAGGAUGAGUAAGAAGGAAGUACAUGGAUGAAUUAGUGAAUGAAAAGUCCACUGUAUGACGAUCCAGAAUAAGCAGGUGGAUGACUAAAUGAGUGAAUUAAAAUCCAACUGACUAAAACACUACAUCACAGUAUUCACAUAAGUUGGAGAAAGUGCCAAUAAUUGUUCCACUCAGUCGCCUUAGUUGUUUUGAUUUUUACAAGAUGAAUAAAAAUGCUGCUUUGCAGGAGUACAGACCAUUUUCACUUCAGAUAUCUUCUCCUGCUCUUCAGAUGUCACUUUGUGGAAAGUACAGGACUAUUAAUGACAGCUGCAUUCCACUUUACUGAGGUCCUGCUUUUGUGCAUGCUGGUUCACUGUCAUGACUCCUGAUGGAACAGAUAACGUACACCAGUACUUUUAUUUACUGUCUCAAGCCAAAAUAUCUGCAGUGAAAAUGGUUUAUUAGCACGAUCUGUUGAUGUGUGAGCGGUGAGGACAGUGUCACGUUUACAUUUGUAGAUGUCGGUUUUGGUCAACUUGUUGUUUAUGUCAUAUCAUUCCAAACAGAUGUGAGGGUUUAUAGAAUAUUGUGUUUGCAGAAUCAGUUUGAAGAACUGGAAAACACUGGAAAAAGGAAUUCAAGUUCUGAAAUGUCUGUAUGAUGAUAUGAGCUGUAAAGCUACUUAGAUAUCUCCACCAUGAGAGGGUCAUGCUGGUUUCAAGGAGUUAGCUUUCUUAGCUGAUCAAAUAUGUUGCUAUAGUUAAUGGUUUAGUUAAGAUGCUGAUCUAAAACUUAGCUAACCGUUCAAAUCUAAAACAAUCACACUAAACCAAAUUUAGAUUGCAUCCUUGAAAGGACAUAUACAAAAACGUAACUGCACAUUGUUUUAUGAUGUUUAAUUUGACCGUCACAUCUUUUGAAGACAUGGCCUUUGUUGGCCUCAUCUUUCUGGUUGGCUGACACUUCACUGAAGAAAUUUAACUAGUUGGUUUAUUUUUUAAGUGACUUGGUUCAUGUUAGCUAAUGAUUUCAGCUACUUGCUUUGGGAUGGCCAAUCACUGAGUAGAGAAACUAGUACAUUUCACUUUGGGUUAGCUAUCUGUUCAGUAUGUAACCUGAAAAUGUUUGAUUCAAGUUAAUUAAAGGUUAAUUUUGGUUAAAAGAAAGGUAAUUUUGGGUUAGCAAACAACUCUAAAUGCUAAAACAGACAAAGCAAGCUAACUAAAGAGGCAGUUAGCACCAAGAAAUGUUACAACUAAUGGUUCGGUUUAGAUGAUAAACUAUUUGAUUCAGGUUAGCUAAUAACUCCAAACUAAACAGCUGCAGUUUGAUUUAGGUUUACUAGUGCUUUACUUCUGAAACUAAACCACUUAGUUUCCUUUCUAAGAAGUUUGGUUCAUGUUAGCUAAUGGUUUCAAAAUGUUUGUUUUUGAUUAAAUACCAGGUCAGAGUAGGAGCUAAAACAAUGCGCUUUUGGUUAGAUAAUAGUUUGGUGUGGCAACUAAAACAUUAUUCGUUAAACCAUUUAUUUUAAAGUUUAUUUUUGGUUACCUACAGUGCAAUGUUGAAGCCAAGACAGGCUUAUUAAAGUGACUUUGAUUCAUGUUGGUUAAUGAAAAUGUUGAGUUGAACUAAAAGAAAGUUUAGUUUGGGUUCACUAACAGCUCAGUGUGGAAACUGAACUAGUCAGCUUAGAAAUAACAGCUAAAGACGGUGCAUAAGUCAGCUGCUGACAGUUAUCUCUCCAGCAGCUGUAAAAAUUAUAGUCAGAUUAGCUGAAGGUUUGGGUUUCAUACAAGAAAGCAGUUAUUCUUCUGCACUAACUUAUAUUCCAGCAGUAUUGUUUAAAAUGGUGCAUCACACCACGUCAGUACCAACACAUGAAGCCCAGUAUUCAGAAUUACUGCUUUGUGUUUGUAGUCGUGUCUUCUUUGCAACAUCAGGAAAGCACCUUUCUAAAUGUAUCUGUAUGUUUUCCUGUUUCCAUGUUUGUAUCUUUAGUGUUGUGUUUAUUUCUUACAAUUUCCUGACACCUGGUUAAAGAUGUGACAUUACUUAAAAAUAUGUUGAGGUGGUACAUAACUAAUGUUCUGAUGGGGAAUCAGUUUGAUAUGGACAAUACGUUUGUUUUUUGUAAAUGAUGUGAUUAAACCUUGGAUUUUU